UAUAUUUAUCAAUAAGUCCAUGCUAACAACUUUUUAACUCUAGUCCAUAAGUCCAUAGACUAAUCAACCAAAACAGAUAAUUACUUCAACUUAAUAUGUAACCAAGCCAAGAAUUAAACGCCUGACCAUUGAUGAUCGUUCAAUCUAACUUACGUGUUCUAAAUAAACUGAUCGAUUUAAACUACAUAAAUUCAAGUCAAAUAACACUAUCCACGUACGAGUAUCUCACUCUUUCAUUUGUGUUUUUAAAAGUGUCACCACAUCAUACCGUCUCUUUCGAGAGCUGUUACUGUGAUAAACGACGUUUCGCAUUUGGUAGCGUUAACUCUUGUUUAUUUUUGUGCCCGCGAGCGAGAGAUCGGACGUCGCUAGUAAAAUAAAAAAUACACCAAAAAGAAUCGACAAACUGGAUCUGGGAAAAUAUAAAAAAGCUAAAUAGAAAAGUGUGUGUUGUGUCUGUGACCGAAAACUUUUUUAAAACGCAUGCGCGGCAAAUGUCAAAGUAAUAAACGCGCCUUUAGUGCCGAGUGCUUGCAAAAUGUGUUUGGUAUAAAUCUACGAAUUUACUAUUUCAAUAAGACCUAUUUAAUUUUUAUAAAAUAGUAAAUUAGUGUUCGAAAUAAUUAUUAUAACAUGGCCAGCCAAAAAUCUACCGUCGAAUUGGAUUCCAUUUUGGCAGAAUUAGGUGCAUUUGGGAGAUAUAAUAUAGUGAACUAUGCAUUCCUACUGUUUCCUGUGUAUUUAGCCGGCAUAUUUGGAUCAAUUUAUGUGUUCGAAGCUCCUGACAUCAACUACAGAUGUCACAUCAGCGAAUGUUCCCACAUCGAAAAUACCAGUUUGUGGCUCAGUAAUGCCAUACCGUUAGUUAAAAAUGAAUUUUCCAAGUGCACAAGGUACCCUUUGAGACAAAACAUAAUGAGUGACAAUAUUACAUGUAGUAUAGAUCAGUUCGAGGUGUCGAAGGAAGAAAAAUGCAAAUCGUAUGAUUAUCUUGAGGACUAUUCGAUUGUAAAUGAUUUCGACUUGGGCUGUCAAAACUGGAAGAGGACUCUGGUCGGAACGAUCCAUAAUGCUGGACUUUUCGUCUCCUUGCCUCUGACGGGAGUAUUGUCAGACAGGUUUGGUAGAAAAACCGCCCUGGCAGUAGCAUCUAUGAUGAACGGCAUAUUCGGACUGAUAAGGUCUUUCUCCGUGAACUAUGAAAUGCUUCUGGUCUUCGAAUUCUUGGAGACAGCACUUGGAGCUGGAGCCUACAGUACAGCGUUUGUAUUAGCUAUUGAGCUGGUGGGACCUAAAGGCCGAGUGUUUGGCAAUACUAUCAUAAAUGUAGUCUACGUGUGUGGUCUCAUGACACUAUCAGCUUUGGCGUGGCAACUACAGAAUUGGAGGACCCUCUUGCAGAUAGUCUACACACCCGCCUUAUUUGUUUUUUCUUACCUCUGGAUUUUAAAUGAAAGCGUCAGGUGGCUGCUUAGCAAAGGGAAAUCAGUUGAAGCUGUCCAAAUACUCAGAGGUGCAGCUAAAAUGAACAAAGUGCAAUUAUCAGAAGGACUAUUAGCCCCUUUGCUUGAAGUAGAAAAAGUCCCUCUUGAUGAUAAAGAGGAAAAUGAAAUUCCACAUACACCCAAAUCGACGUUAGCGCAAGCCGUUAGAUCGUCAAUUAUAUUGAAACGUGUGGUUGUGUGUUCAUUCCUGUGGAUUACAUGUACUUUUGUUUAUUAUGGACUUUCGAUAAAUUCGGUGUCGCUAGCUGGUAAUAAGUAUGUGAAUUUUAUGCUCGUGGGUUUUGUUGAAAUACCCGCAAACUUUGUGUGCCUCCUGGUGUUGGACAAGUUUGGGAGAAAAAGGACCUUAAUCAUCACCUAUGUUUUGAGUGCGUGCCUGUGUAUCAGUCUGUCGUUUGUGCCAAACGAUCAGAAAUGGUGCUCUCUAGUGAUCUACCUCUCUGGGAAGUUCUCAAUCACAGUAGCGUACAGCUCCGUGUACAUUUACGUUUCGGAGGUAUUCCCGACCAGCGUGAGGCAGUCUCUGCUGGCCGUCUGCUCCUCACUGGGCAGGGUCGGCUCGACUUUAGCGCCUCUGACACCACUGUUGGCGUUGUACUAUGACAAUCUCCCGGCUAUAUUCUUCGGGAGCUUGGCCCUUGUCGCUAGCGUGUUGGUCUUCACUCUUCCGGAAACCAUCAACAUGCCUCUGCCAGACACGAUAGAAGAGGCAGAAAGGCUAUCUAGAAGAAAAGCUAUGGGAGAAGACGCAUAAGCCA